GCCGUGCAGCCACCUGCUGCGUGCAAUACUGACCGAAACGCCGAAAUACUGACAGAAACUCCUGGAAAGAAACGCCGUGAAAGUGGGGAAAGCCCUCGAGAAGCAUUUGGCAGCCAGGAUGGAAGCAUCAUGCUGCGCGCGUGCACGCUGACUCAUUUGCAUCGCCCGCCUUUCGCACCCAUGUUGGACGGGGCGCCUCCCCGCCGGAGCGCACAGGCACCAGCUAAUAUGUUGCCUCCUCUGGUUGCGUGGAAACUAAACGGGCGAGCCUUGAACUGCUGUGGAAGCUUCUCCGGCGGAAAGCAACCGACAGCAAGUUUAAUCAGCUUAAUGGUGUAAGAAAAAUCCGAAGAUGCGGUGGAUCAUGACGAGGAGAGGAAGAGCGCCACAAACGCUCAGCGGUGGCAGGGGCGAUUAAUGCUGCGACAAGACGCCCAUGGCGGCCGACUACAUGGUCAUGUGCUUGCUGCUGCACAGCCUGGUACUCAUGACCUUCUGCUUCCACCACGCCGCCACCAGCUGCUCCAAACACUGCUACUGCUCCGAGAGCGACGGCGGCAAGACGGUACGCUGCAGCAAUCAGCGGCUGACCGACAUCCCGCGGGACAUCCCCAACGACACGCGACGAGUCUACCUGGACUUUAACCUCUUGACCUCAAUCCCGGCCAACGCCUUCUCCGGGUUGUCCCACCUGGUGGAACUGGACCUCUCGCAUAAUGACAUUAGCCAGCUGCAGCCGGGCGCCUUCCGAGGCUUGAGCUCCUCGUUGCAGUUCCUUGACCUUUCCGCUAACAAGUUAGUCCAUUUCGACGCUGACUCCUUUGAAGGCCUGCGGGCUCGGGCGAAUUUAACCAACAACCCCUGGCAUUGCGACUGCAACCUCCAGAUGGCCAUGCCCCGCGUGGACCUGGAGCCCGUGUCGCUCACCGGCAUCGUGUGCCAGACCUCGGACCCGGAGGAAAUGAGCGUGCAGGGCCUGGCCUUCCUCCUGGAGCCGGACGUUGACUUGUGUGUGGUGAUGAAGAGGACUACAGACGUGGCCAUGCUGGUGGUCAUGUUUGGCUGGUUCACCAUGGUCAUCUCUUAUCUGGUCUACUACGUCAGGGCCAACCAGGAGGACGCCCGCAGACAUUUGGAGUAUCUCAAGUCGCUGCCAAGCAGGCAAGCAAAGUCGGAGGAGUCUUCGACCAUCAGUACUGUUGUUUAGCCUCUCCGACAUGUUUCCCGACUUUUUCGGCAGAUCUAUUUUCUCAACUCUAACAUGGCGACGAUUUGGUGAUGACAAAGUAGGGCCUGGAAUUGCUGUAAACAAAACAGAAAACUCGCACGGAGGGAAAAUAAAACAUCACUUACGCAUGAUGAGACGUUAAUGAGAAUUUCAUCACUGCUCUGUACUCAAGAUUUCAAAAGAUGUGCCUCCGGGUAGCACGCACGCCAGUACGCCCAUCAAGAUGGAGCCGCCUUUACUUUCAAGUUUAAUAAGCCGCGCUAGCUGCGCUAAUUGUCGCUAAUACAUUUCUUUGCAUGAAAAAUCAAGCGGAGGCAAAGCACCCCACAUGAAUUAUUCAUCUCUCGGCGACCUUUUAGUACUUUAAGCGCUCGGAUGCUUCACGGGUAGGGGGGGGCAUGUUUUGUUUGGGUCAAACCCUUUUACAACAUUCAUCCGUAUAUUGUCAUUAAAAAGAUGCCUGGAAGUGUUUUGUCGUUGUGUUUGCGAAGGAGUGCAUGAUUGCCAGCUGUCAAAACAAACAGGAGAGACGCACUGUACCUGCUUAACAUAAUAAAAAUGCUAAUAUUGA